CAUCGCCCAGCACCGCUGCAGUGGGGUAGCGCACGAGUCUCGGGAGCCAGCACACCCGGCUCCAAGUCGGUCCCCACCCUCGCCUCAGCCGCUGCACACACCAUGGCCGCGGCGUCCUCCCCCUCCCGCAGGCGGGAGCAGGACGUCAUGAAACUGAUGAUGAGCGACUGGCAGGUCGAGCUGGUGGAGGACAACAUCUCCGAGUUCCAUGUCGUGUUUAAGGGCCCGCCAGAGAGCCCGUAUGAGGGUGGCGUGUGGCGGGUACAUGUGGAGCUGCCAGAGGCCUACCCUUACAAGUCCCCGAGCAUUGGCUUCGUCAACAAGAUCUACCACCCAAACAUCGACGAGGGCGCGGGCAGCGUGUGCCUGGACGUCAUCAACCAGACCUGGAGCCCCAUGUUUGACCUGGUCAAUGUGUUUGAGACUUUCCUCCCGCAGUUGCUGCUGUACCCCAACCCCUCUGACCCACUCAACGGCGAGGCCGCGGCGCUGCACAUGCGUGACCCGGGGGCAUAUCAGAAGAAGGUGAAGGACUAUGUGGUGCGGUACGCCAAGGCCGAGGACGUGGCGGCGCUGGAGGAGGCGGAGAAGCACGGCGGCGGAGGCGGCGACGGCGCGGAGCGCAUGAGCGAGGAUGAGUCGGACGGCUUCCUUUCCAGCAGUAGCGACGAGGAGGAGGAGCAACCAGCGGGCAAGAUGGAGUGACCCCCCCUCCCUGCCCUCGCCUUGUUUGUGCGUCCGUGAGCCCCGUUCCCGCUAGGCAGCUCCCCCACACACUUGCAUUUGUCGCUAGCAGUGCUAGGCCCACCUGUCUACCCUUUCCUUAUCCCAUCUGCUUCUGGUGCCCCUAUUUUUUGCUCUGCUUUUGUACAUCACUGCCUUGCACCCGCCGCUGUACAUUCCCCUGCGUGCCCUGCCGCUCCGCUCUGCUCGCUUGCCCUUGCUAGCGUGGUUGAGCGUGCCUGCCUGGUUCGCAGCCUCUGGCCCGCCACACAACUCGUACCUUCUCCAGCCUGCUGCCACCUAAACCCUUGGUGUCUGCGCCUCGCAUCUUUUAUUUUUGUACACUAGUGGCCUCCCCCGACAGGCCCCUCCCAUCUCCUCCCAUGAUCCACCCCCGGCAUUCUUACUAGCCCAGCCUGUGCCUCGCUCCGCUCUUCUCCUGGCAGACCGCACCGCUGUCUGCCUCUCUGCAUGUGUUGCAAUUGCCUGUGCAGUCCUGGAAACUGCUGAUGGUUCCUGUAACAAUACAAGGACGGAU